CGCAUUCGGACCAUGUCGCUACAUUUGAAUAAUGGAUAACGCGAUUUAAAGUCAAUUCUAAAUUCCGUCUAACAACAACAACAACAAAAUAUAUUUAUAAAAAUGUAUAAUUAAAUAAGAAUUGGUGUACACCAUGGAAUCUAAGCAUCUUUUAUUGCUAAUUUGGUUUACAUUGUGUUUUAAUUACUUGUGCCAUGGUCGCGAAAUUCUAUUCGUUAUCUCUUGCCCACGCGAGGGAUUGAAGAAUUGCCGAAAACUAGAAGAGAAUCUGUGGCAACAACAGCAGCAAAUAACCGAGAUGAUCCCAAUGGAUUAUGAUUACGCCAUUAAGGUUCACAUAAUGCAUGAACUAUUCAAUUACUGGACACUGCUCGACGCGUUGCCACAUUUGCGAAGCCAGACACGUCUGCUAAAUGCCAACACCGAAUGGAUUAUUUGGUGUCAGCAAAACACGAACGUGUCCUCCCUGCGUGCUCUGCUCGACCAGCUAAAUCGCCAGGAUGCCCAAGAGAUGGCCUACUUCGGACACGCCUUGUAUGAUGCUGAGGCAACGAUAGUGCAUCACUUUGCGCACUACAAGAAUCCAACUUGGUUCCCGUAUCCAAUGCUAAGUUCUGGCGUUGUUUUCACAGGUGUUUUACUCCGCAGACUGGCCGAACUUGUUGCUGCUAAUCCCCAAAAUGUCACCAGGCACAGCGAAUUCGCCAUAGAUGCGGCGCAUGAGUUGGCCCGAUUCAUUUUCGAUAAUUUAGCACCUUCAUUGCCAAAUAAACAUGAUGAUGAGGAUGAUGAUGAUGAUGAUAGCAGCAGAAACAGUGUCGAGAAAGACUUGUUACAGUGCAGAAUAAUUUUGAAAAGUGCUGCCUACAUUUGUCCCUCGGCGAACUUGUCGCCAGCCUGGUCUGGAGAGUUUGAACUCCCCCGAGAGACGCCGAAGUUGAAGCCGAAGCCUGUGUCUUGUAUGUUGCAUGCAACUCCUGAAACGGCUGCUGGGAAUGUCGAACAUUGUGUGCACACAACGGGAUCUCACAUCUAUUUUGCAAUCAAAACCUGUGCAAAAUUCCAUAAGGAGCGAGUACCAAUCAUCGAACGCACCUGGGCGCAGGAUGCCAGGCAGCGCAAAUACUACAGCGAUGUGGCAGAUGCCAGCAUACCGACAAUCAGCACCGGGAUACCAAAUGUUGCAACUGGACAUUGUGCCAAAACAUUGGCAAUUUUGCAAUUAUCCCUCAAGGAUAUCAGACAGUCAACGGACAUUCGUUGGCUGAUGCUCGUCGAUGAUGAUACGCUACUGAGCGUGCCUCGAUUGGCCGCUCUGCUGAGCUGUUACAAUCACACGGACCACAUUUAUCUGGGCGAACGCUAUGGCUAUCGAUUGUAUGCGCCGGAUGGCUUCAACUACCACACGGGUGGCGCUGGGAUUGUGCUCAGUGUGCCGCUUGUGCGACUCAUAGUGGAGCAUUGCAGCUGCCCUUCUCCGAGUGCGCCGGAUGACAUGAUCCUCGGCUACUGCUUACAGACACUGGGUGUGCCGGCGUUGCAUACCUCCGCCUUCCAUCAAGCACGGCCGCAGGACUAUGCUGCGGAUGUGUUGCAACUAAAUGCGCCCAUUUCGUUCCACAAAUACGUGCAGACAACGCCGGAGCACACGUAUAAACGGUGGCUGGGUGGCCAGCCACUGAACAACGCCACUAUACAUCAUGUUUCUGGCAAGGAUCAGCAGGCAAUUCCAAUUCCACUUAGUGGACAGGGGCUGCUGCAGCUGGCCAAUGUGCCAACAGGAUUAGAUGGGUCCACAAAGCAUCUGGAUCUAUAGUUGUUUGCAGAUGAGAAAGCAACAAAGACAAGAAGAAGAAGAAGUAUAUGAUCACUUAAAUGUAACUUUUCUUUUAAUGGAAAUUCUUAGAUACAAAAUAUUAAACAAAGUGAUUGAAGUAAGAUUAAAUGCUUUCAAAAGAUGUGUGUAUGUAUAUAUAUCAAGUGAUAAAAUAAUGAGCAGAUAUAUUAUAAUAAUAAAAA